CUUUUGCUGAUGAAUAUGAUCCUAAACCAGACGUUUUUGACCAAAUAAUUAAUACACUGGUCCCCUUGCUUAUAGUUUUUUUAUUAAAAGAAUCAGAAGAAGAUUUUGAAAAAAAAGCCGAUAUCAAACAAGGAGUAGGCCAAAAAUCAGGAGAUGAUUUUGAAAAAGAAUCCGAUAUAGAACAAGGAGUAGGCCAAAAACCAGGAGAUGAUUUUGAAAAAGAAUCCGAUAUCGAACAAGGAGUAGGCCAAAAACCAGGAGAUGAUUUUGAAAAAGAAGGAAACUUUAACCAAGGAUUAAUACUGUAA